UUUUAACAAAUUGAAAUAAAUAUAACAAGUUUAUACAUACAUCAUGCGUAAAUAUCAACAACUAUUAUUAUUGCUAAUAUCUUGCAUAAGUGUUGGAGUACUUUUUAUGUACAAAACUGAGAAUAAUCGAUUAAAAGACGUCUUGCAUGUAAUUAAUUUCUUUGGACGAAACGAUGCAGCUAUUUUGAAGAAAAUUGAAAAUAAUGCAACUAUGAACUACUUAGUCGAUUACCUAUAUCCUCUGGGCGUGUGGCAAUCAAUUGGUGAUAGCUUCCAUGGUUAUUCAGCUCAUUGGAAACGUAAUGAGUUAGUGGCUGGUGGUGAGGCAGUAGUGCUGGUAGUAGGAAGAAAACGUGCCGUUUUAAAUUUUAAAUGUUCUCUGAAUUUUAAGGGAGGCUCCACAAAUAUACAGGGUAAAUUUCGUUUCCAAAGGUUGGACAAAGACGGGGAGGAUGAUAAUUCGGAUUUUACACGAUAUAAUUUCUAUUGUCGUGUUACUCGAGACUUCGGUUUGCCCGAAUCGGUAACGUUUAAUGACCUGACUAGUAGCAGUAAAGGAGGGCAUACAAUAAAACUGCGUUAUGUUAAAGUAGUGGAUGAGCUAUCAAAGAAAUUAGCCAUGCACCCAUUAACUGUAUGUGUAGAUAUGGUAAGCAGAGAAUUCCAAAAUAUGACUGUCGUGGACAAACAAGGUCCGGAAUUACUGGAAUUUUUCAUACACCAUUUUGCUUUGGGUAUAGAAGAUUUCGUAAUAUACAAUGGUGAUAAUUUGCCACCGAAUUUGCUACCCAUACUGAAUCGCUUUAACAUACGUGCCCAUAUAAUGCCUUUUAAUUUUCCUUACUCAAGGCAGAAUGCCAGUGAAAGAAUUCGAGACUUAAUAGAAAAAGAUUGUUUGUUGAGAUCAACCAACAGAGCACGCCACUGUUUAUUGUUGGCUCCCAAUGAAUUCUUCUAUCCCAACACAAAAUUAGACCAUCAAAAGUCGCUCGUACGUGCUCUUAAUCACUACUCAAAUGAGGUUUCCCGCUUUGAUUUGCCAGUAUUUGCAGUAUGUAAAUCUGAAAAAUACAAAUAUCUAUUUGAAAACACUUUAUACGAUCCUGAAUUGAAGUCUUCACAUACAAUCUCAAUAUACAGACCACAAGAUACUGGAAUAUCUCUAAGUGCUGAGGAUUUAUCAAAUCCUCCCAGGCGUAUUGCAUUGCCCUUAUCGCAAGUAUUCACGCACCGUUAUGUGAACUGUAUACAGGUGGGCAAAGAUGGACUUCAUGAUUGGCGGAAUUCUUUGCGAGAAGAUUUUAUGCAACACAUACAAAGACUCAAUCAAGAGAUUAAAGUUUUAAUAUAACUUGCUAUAUAGAAAUAAGUAUUAGAAUCUUCCUAAUUUUUUUUUUACAUUUCCAGUCUUCCUUGAAUUAUGUUUACAUCUUAGGUUUAAAGUUUUAUAUUAAAAAUAAAUUUUGUUUAAUAAAUAGCACAUUUUGCUUCAACACCUUAAAAUAUUUAAAUAUUAAAUAAAACAAUUUUGUAUUCAAUUACUUUAUACGAA